CGGUCACACUUAAAAAUGCAUUAAAAGGCAAAAUUUUCAAUUUGUAACACAAAAUGAGCCCUCUGAAGCGUGGAGCGCUUAUUGUUUUUGAAGGAUGCGACCGCAGUGGGAAGAGCACACAAAGCCGGCGACUAGCUGAGCUUCUCAAAUCGAAAGGAAUACCCACGGAGUCCUUAAACUUCCCGGCUCGGUCUACAAACAUUGGUCAGGUUGUAAACGGUUAUCUGACAAACAGCAAGGACCUGCCGGAUGAGGUAAUCCACCUCCUGUUCACCUCCAACCGCUGGGAGCUAAUGGGAAAGCUGAGACAGAAACUACUUGCCGGCACGACGCUCAUUGUGGAUCGAUAUUCCUAUUCCGGCGUGGCCUACAGCGUGGCCAAGGGAAUGGACUUUGAAUGGUGUUAUGCGCCGGAAAGGGGCCUCAUCAAGCCGGAUGCCGUUUUCUACCUUAGAGCAGCACCUGAAAGUCUUGCAAAGCGCAGUGAAUUCGGCGAGGAGCGCUACGAGAAGGUAGAGUUUCAAAGCCGCGUUUCUGCUGUAUUCGAUCGUAUUUGCUCGAACGAGUCCACCUAUUGGCACCAGUUGGAUGCCAGUCAAACAGCCGAUGAUUUGCACUCCCUGAUAGCUGGCACUGCGGAGAAACUCCUCCCGCAAGUAGCUACCCAGCCCCUGGAUAAGUUGUCAUAGCCAAGCGCUGGACACGGUCAUAUAUUAGCCUGGAUUUACGUUGAUUUAUGCAAUACACGUUCGUUUGUAAUAAAUGUAUUAAAUGCCCAUUGUUUUGCCUGUG